AUGCCCGAGUUUUUCAAGUUCAAAGGCUUCGGGAGCCCGAGCAGCAUCAUCCGCUCCUUCACCCUCCGGCGCGUGUCCGUGGCCCCCAGCGCUCACGAGAGCCUGGCGCCGGGUCUCCCUCCUCCCCACGGCUUCCUGGCCGUGCCCUUCGACAGCACCCAGGAUGAUCUCAACACCAUGCCCAAGAGCCCCGGCCCCUACGCCCGGUCAUCGGACAUGUACAGCCACAUGGGCACCAUGCCCAGGCUGAACCUGGGCAAGGCAGGGAAGAGCCUGGGCAAAGCCAAGAGUAGCCAGAGCUGCCGGGAGAAAGGGAGUCCCAGCGACAAAACCCCCCGGACAGCCCCGCUCCCCAGCCUCACGUCCCCUGAGAUGCCCAGCACCUCUGAGCCGGGCACGGACUCACCUUCAGCCGCUGGGCACGCAGAGCGGGAGGAGGAGGCGGCUCAGCCCAUGGACACCCCGGGGGCAGCGAUGGCUGGGACAGACCAGGAACUUGUGGGGAACGUCUCCUGCCCCAAGACAGAGGCACUGAGCUCCAGCGUGGCCCCGAGCUCCAGCGUGGCCCCAAGCCCUGUCACGGCAGCGGAGACCACCAACGGGGAUCUGCUGGAAAAGGGGCAAGAGCAUCCUGGGAAGAGUUCCCCAGACAGCCAUCACGAUGGCCUGGAGUCCGGCAGUGAAUACGUGAAGUUCUCCAAGGAGAAAUACAUCCUUGACUCAUCACCCGAGAAGCUUCACAAGGAGCUGGAAGAGGAGCUGAAGCUGAGCAGCACUGACCUGCGCAGCCAUGCCUGGUACCACGGCCGCAUCCCCCGGGAGGUGUCAGAGAGCCUGGUGCAGAGGAACGGCGACUUCCUCAUCCGCGACUCCCUCACCAGCCUGGGUGACUACGUGCUGACAUGUCGCUGGCGCAACGAGCCCCUCCACUUCAAGAUCAACAAGGUGACAGUCAAGUCCAGCGACGGCCAUACCCGCGUCCAGUACCUCUUCGAGCAGGAGAGCUUUGACCACGUGCCCGCCCUCGUCCGCUUCUACGUGGGCAAUCGCAAGGCCAUCUCCGAGCAGAGCGGAGCCAUUGUCUACUGCCCCAUCAACCGCACCUUCCCUCUGCGCUACCUGGAAGCCAGCUAUGGGCUGGCCAACGGCAAGCAUGGGGGACCCCACAGCCCCGCCACCCAGAAAGGGGGGCACAUCAAGAGGAGGAGCAUCACCAUGACAGACGGCCUGACAGCUGACAAGAUCACCAGGGCUGAGGGGUGCCCGACCAGCGUGUCCCUGCCCCACCACAGAGACAUCAUUCGCAACUGCGCCGUCAGCGUGGACCAGAUCCAAGACCUGCACUCCCCGAUGUCCCCCAUCUCCGAGAACCCAGCGUCACCUGCCUACAGCACGGUUACACGGCUAAAGCCACAUGCCUGCCAAGCGCCCGGGAUUGCCCCGGCCUCUCCGGUCAUAAGAAGGUCCAGCGAGCCCCAGCUGUGCCCGGGGAACAGCAGCAAACCUCUGCCAGACCCUGCCCACAGCACCCACUCGACUCCCUGCCACGGGUACGCCCGCGCCUCCCCCUCUCCCUCCGUGAACAGCUACAGCGACCCAGACACGGGGCAUUACUGCCAGCUCCACCCCACCUCGCCCAUCAGCAGAGACCGGCCAGCUCAUGACAUCAAGCAGCUGCCAACAAAGAGUUACGUGGAGAGGCUAAAGGUGGAGGAAGGACAGAGAGGGACUAUGGAGAACAGCUCUGGGGAAGCAGAGGCAGGGCAGAGGCUGAAAGGAGAGCUGGACUUCAUGGGCUUUGUGCCCCCCACCAUGGAGACAACUUCCUCCUUCAACCCUGCGGCCUUCCAGUCCCUGCUGAUCCCCCUGGAGAACAAACCCCUGGAGAUGGCUGUGCUCAAGAAGGUCAAAGAGCUGCUGGCAGAGGUGGACGUGAAGACGCUGGCCAAACACAUCACCAAAGUGGACUGCCUGGUUGCCCGGAUAUUGGGCGUGACGGCGUUUCACACCAUGUCCAUCAUGAUCGCUGUGGACAUCCUGGGCUGCACGGGCAGCACGGAGGAGCGGGCGGCCCUGCUCCACAAAACCAUCCAGCUGGCCGCCGAGCUGAAGAGCACCAUGGGGAACAUGUUCAGCUUUGCGGCUGUGAUGAACGCCCUGGAAAUGACACAGAGGGCGCCGCAGGCCUGGGGCAGGUGGGGAGGGGGACGCAGGGGCACGGGGCUGCGCAGGGUCCUCAGGGUGCCUCUCUCUGCAGAAGGGCCGCCGCUGACCAACACCACCUUUCCCCACAUCAUGCCCGUUGUGACUCUCUUGGAGCGGGACGAGGCUCUCACGGAGACCCCCGAGCCCUGGGAGACCACCGACAACGGCGUGGAGGUGGUCAUGGCCCACCUGGAAGCGGCGCGGAUGGUGGCCCACCACGGUGGGCUCUACCACACCAACGCCGAGGUGAAGCUGCAGGGUUUCCAGGGCAGAGCGGAGCUGCUGGAGGUCUUCAGCACCGACCUGGUGGGGCAGCCGCUGGCCCGGCAGCAGGUGGAGAAGGCAGUGAGGGAGUUCCUGGGGAACCACAGUCCCGUCAAACCCCUCGUCAUGUCCUUCCACGGCUCCACGGGAACAGGGAAGACCUACAUGAGCUCCAUGCUCGUCCGCCACCUCUUCCAGGGUGGGCUCCAGAGCCCCUACGUUCACCACUUCUCCCCGAUCGUGCACUUCCCCCACGCCGAGCGGGUGGAGCAGUACAAGGAAAACCUGAAGCGCUGGAUCCAAGGGAACCUGACAAACUGCGGACGGUCGGCCUUUCUCUUUGACGAGAUGGACAAGAUGCACCCGGGCCUGAUCGACGUGAUCAUACCGUUCCUGGGACCCUCGUGGGUUGUGUACGGGACCAACUACCGCAAAGCCAUCUUCAUCUUCAUAAGCAACGCGGGAGGGGAGCAGAUCAACGAAAUGACGCUGGAUCUCUGGCGUGCCCGCAAGGACCGGGAGGAGAUCAGCCUGCAGGACCUGGAGCCGGCCAUCUCCAAAGCCGUGUUCGAAAACCCUCAGAGUGGAUUCUGGAAAUCCGGGAUCAUUAACGAACAUCUCAUUGACUUCAUUGUGCCCUUCCUCCCACUGAAGCGCCACCACGUAAAGCAGUGCGUUGUCAACGAACUUGUCCAGCAAGGCCUCGAAGUACGUCCGGGUGUUGUCCAGGAGGUGGCUGACAGCAUCCCCUACUUCCCAGAAGAAGAGAAAAUAUUCUCAUCAACAGGCUGCAAAACAGUGGCCUCUCGGAUCAGUUUUUUCUUCUAG